AUUCCACCUCUCUUUCUUUUCCUCUUGUUCUCUUUUCUUUCUCUUUCUGGGUAUAUAAAAUAAUGAAUCGUCUCAUGAGUUGGCCUGAGCCUGUGGUUCGAGUUCAGUCUCUGUCUGAGAAUGGCAUACGUACCAUUCCGGAUCGAUAUAUUAAGCCUAUAAGUGACAGGCCUGCCCUGAAAUCUGAAAUCCAUGACCACCUUGACGUUCCCGUUAUUGAUCUCCAGAACCUGUUCGACAAAGACCCAGCCCUCCACCAGGAGACCUCGAGACGCAUCUCCAGCGCCUGCAGGGACUGGGGUUUCUUCCAGGUUGUAAACCAUGGGGUUAGCCAUGAGCUCAUGAAGCGCACGCGUGCAGUGUGGCGUGACUUCUUUGAGUUGCCGCUUGAAGUGAAGCAACAGUACGCCAACUCGCCAAGUACCUAUGAAGGGUACGGUAGUCGCUUAGGGAUCGAGAAAGGAGCGAUCCUUGAUUGGAGCGAUUACUUUUUUCUUAAUUACUUGCCGGUUACAUUAAGGAAUCAAAGCAAGUGGCCUGCACAGCCGGCAUCAUGCAGGGAACUGGUUGCUAAAUAUGGUGCCCAAGUUACAAAACUAUGUGGAAGGCUGUUGAAGGCAAUGUCUAUCAACCUUGAACUAAAAGAAGACUACCUACAAAAUGCCUUUGGUGGAGAUGAAAUGGGAGCCUGCUUAAGGGUCAAUUUCUAUCCAAAAUGUCCUCAACCUGAACUUACACUAGGCCUUUCUUCACACUCAGACCCUGGCGCCAUCACCAUUCUCCUGCCUGAUCCCGACGUAGCUGGACUGCAAGUUCGUAAGGGUGGCAAGUGGAUAACGGUGAAGCCAUUUCCCAAUGCUUUCAUUGUCAACGUCGGAGAUCAAAUCCAGGUGCUGAGCAAUGCAAUUUACAAGAGUGUUGAACACCGUGUCAUCGUGAACUCAGAAAAAGAUCGAGUCUCCCUAGCUUUCUUCUACAACCCCAAGAGCGAUUUACUGAUAGAACCGGCCAAGGAGCUGGUGAAUGAGGACCGGCCAGCACUGUACAAGCCAAUGACAUAUGAUGAGUACAGGCUCUACAUUAGGAUGAAUGGCCCUUCUGGCAAAACACAAAUCGAGUCCAUGAAAUCCAACAGAUAAAAAUAUCCAAUCUCAAAAUAUUUAUGUGAUAAAAAACAGUGAUCUCACCUCACUUGCAAAUCAUACCUUGAUUUCGCCUUUGAAGUUCUACAUUAAUGCGAAAAAUAUAUGCUAGUAUUUUCAGGAACUUAA